AUGCGAAUGAAAGGAUCUCGAGCACCAUUCACUCAUACAUCUCUCGCCUUAUUUGUAUUGGUAACCGGUGUCGCCGGUGGAUUGUUAAUUGUCUUUUCAAUUUUAUUACUUUGUAAAUAUUGUUUUAAUAGAAAAAACACGAAGCAAAGUGAACAAGUGAAACUUUUAUAUGGAGCUUUGGAUAGUACAAAAUUUCGUAUAGAUAAUACACAGUUGAAAUUAGAACCGAGACGAUCAAAUCCACUCGAUAAAUAUCAUGAGGAACGAAGUAAAUUAUUAGAAGAACAAUCAGAUCUUAGAAAUCCCUCUUAUCAUGGAAGCCGAGAGCAAAUUAGCAAACAUGACUUAAACAGUAGUUCUUAUGUCUUUGAUGGGACACUAACCGAGAACACUCCUAACAUAUUAUUGUAUUCUGCGACAAACGAAUCGAAAAAUGAUAAUCAUCAAAAUGAACGUUUAAAUGACAACUCUUAUUUACAAGUAGAUCCACGAUGCUACGUGAGAAACAACAGCACAUGUUCUCAUCUAACUGUGAUGCCAAAUUUAUUGCCGAGAAAAUCGGAUCCAUGCUGUGGUCCAACAACUUCCACAGCUCGUCUAGAAAAAGUUUAUUCGCUAAAUAGUGAUCAAAGACAAUUGAGAUUAACGUCACAUCGUCAAAGUAGUUUUGAUGUUGCUACAUAUCGUCAACAAUUAAACCCUACUAAUGAUACUUCACCAUCUUUCUAUUCGCAAGAAGUAUAUUAUACACCGAGAGGAUCAAAUUUAUCCGUUGCACAAACUACAACUGCCCAUCCGACAAAUUCGCCCGCUAAUCUUGAUCCAAACUAUAUUUAUCAUCAAAUACCACAUAAUAGAAAAAAUUCAGCCAUCAUUUUAACUCCGAAUGAUUCAACAAGUGCUGAAAAACGAGAUUUGGCUGUUACAUAUGAUAUCAAUUCAAACCGUGGUGGUGUCCGUUCAGUAGCCUUAGAGAAACAAAAAUCAUCCGAUUUGACUCCAGGAAAUGAAAUUGAUAAACAAUCGUUGAGUUUUGACGCUGUACACUUACUUCGCCCUGGAAACCGACCUGAUGUAACAAGACGUGCCAAAUCCUAUGAUUAUGACGAUCAACAUCGUGCAAAUGCUACAUCAAAACAAAUGCCAAUAGUUAUUAAAAUACCGGAUAUAGAAAAACUGACAUCCGAAUUUGUUGUACAAAACACAUCAAAGCGUUUAAGUUACAUGAAACAGCAUAGUCUCGAACAAUACAGUAAUCAGCAACUACAUCGUAGCUUUAAUAUACCGCAUACGAGUGGAGGACGAAAAGCAACAUUAAUCGAUACACGAUUUGUUCAACUGAAUAAUGCUGACACUUCACAACCAGUAGAAGGCACUGUUCAAGUUCAAGAUGGACGAGAGCUCUGGGCAUUGAGAAAAUCAUAUGAAAUGGAAGCUAAUUUUGAUAACGCAACAAUGAACUUAGUAAACGAACAAGAGCAUCACCAAUGUGAGCAAGAUAUAAAUGAUAUAACAUCACCAGAAGAAUUAUCACCCGAAUUUCACACAUCUAUUUCAACAUCAUUUGAUUCAAAUCCAGAACCUUCAUCUGCAACAAAGCGUCACUAUGAUUACCAUCACCAACCAUCAUAUUUACGAAGUCAUACCAUUGAUAUCAACAGCAAUCGAUUAUUACCCACACCAAACGACUUACCAUCUCACACUGUUGAUACAACAACAAAUUCUAAUGAUAUCGUUGAUACUGAAGUGUAUAAACUAAGGCGAAAGAGUUCAUCAAAUUUGCUCUUGCCACCACCGGAAGUAAGACGACAAGCAUUGCGCCGAACAUUUGAAAAACGUCGCAGUUGUAUAAGUCAAUCGAAUGCGCUAUUGAAAAGUAAUGAAGAACAGCAAGCAGCUGCAUCAGUAGCAGAAAAUUUUACCGCAAUAACAAUGACAAAUUUAAUCGAACAUCAAUUACAACUGGAUAAUUCAACAAUUACAUCUGAUUUCAAUAGUAUGAACAAUAAUUAUAAUUCAAAAAGUGAAAAUUCAAGUUUUGAGCGAAGUCUUGAAACUGAUUUUGAUAUGCAGUCAGAUACAAGUAGUCGACCGGGUGAUCAAUUUACAUCGAUUGAAUCAAGUGGAAAUGAAAAUACAGAUUCAAAUAAUAGUGGAAAGCAGUGUGCUUCUACAUAUAUCAUGGAGAAAAAAGACCUUCUUCCAUCAUCAAUACCACAACAACAUGACGAUAGUGGCUAUAAAUCGUUGGAAAGUCAAACAAGUCAAAAUCGCACAGUAAGUUUAGACUGGAUGUCAGUAGAUGGAGCAGAGAGUGUCAUUUAUCUCGGUGGUGGUAGUCACGAUGAACAACACAUAAGUAUUGAUAGUCAAGAUAUAGAGGAAGAGUUAAACGAAACCUCAGCACAAGAACAAAUUUAUCAGAUGAGACGAAGUCCUGUGCCAAAUUCUAUGCUAAAAUACGGCCAAUCGUCUUAUGAAUCUCAACGAAAACUAACGCCAGUUAUACAAUAUAGAAGUUUGUCUACCAGCAUACCAGUUGCUGAAGAUCGCUAUAAAAUAUCCUCACCACAGUUAACAACAGCAGUUGCAAAUGGCUACGAUAAGUUGGCUGAAUACUCAUCUAAAAUAGUAUCAUCACCAUCGUUUAAUCGUACCGCAUCCAAAAAACGACGAGAAUUUGGUAAAGAUAAAAAAGAUGCGCUCAAAGAUGAGCAAAGACAACAACCUCAAAUAAGUCAACAACAACAACGUACCUCAUCUUGGAAUUGUCAACAGAGUGCUGAUAAUCAACCGGAUGUAUCAUUAGCAGUUCAAAAGUCAUCAUUACAAGUAAAACAUGAUCAUUUGAGACGAACAAAAUCGGAUGAUUCUAGAAAUCUAUAUGCUAUGCCAAAUCAUAUUAAUAACGAAAAUAACAAUCACCUUCAAAACUUAAAUAAUUCAGACAAUCGUCAUGUGACGUUGAGUGCCGACCGUAUUCUGAAUAAAUCAAAUCCUCGUCACGCCUUACCAUUCAUCGUGCCCGAUAAUAGACCCAAUAAUAAUAACUACGAGGCUAUAUCACAUUACGAAAGUGUUACUUCUAAUGAACCUAAUCAAAGUUGUAAUGAAACUGUUUCAGCAACUAAUCUCCAGUCACCAUUAGCAUUUCGUUCAAAACAUGGAUCAUUUUCAUUCGACGCAUCAUCACAACACAAACUCAUGCAACACCAUCUUCAUUCGGCUUCAAUCGAUAUAUCAUCUGCAUCAUCGUCACAAAAUAACAAAAAUGAUAAACAGCAUUUUUAUGAUCAAAUUAUUGAUACGAACACUCUAAAACAAUCAAUACUUCCUGUUGGUCACAUGACAAAACCACGCUUAAAAUUUAGUAUUGUUCGUGACUCAAGUAUACCCGCUUAUAGUACGCCAUUGUUUCGAGAUUACAGUAUUGAUGAAAAAACAAAUCGUAUUGUAAAUGAAUUUUUAAAGGAUGAUUCACUGUUAGAUGCAAGUCAGCGUCAUCCAUAUCGCUCAUGCCGUGCAAAAACGAUUGAUGAAUCAAAUAACAAACAUUAUAAGAUUCAACAAGAUAAUAAUCGACAGAAUUUUAAACGACACAAUAAUAGUAUCGUACGUCCUACGCCGCCAAUGAUGAUGGUCAGUAAUGAACCACGCUAUAUUAAUUUAACAAAAAGGGCAACAUUAAGUUUCAGUGACAGCAUUGAAGAAGAACUACAACAAUCACAACAUCAACGAUAUCCCAUUAAAACAAAUGCUGCACCCCCAUCGAUUAAUAUUAUCAUAACAGGAGAGGAUAGUGGAAGUUGA